AUGUCGCUUGCCCCAUUAGGAGGUCGGAUCUUCCUUAAAAAUGUGACGUACAUGAAUACAGAUAUGACGGUGUCUAUGCUUAAUGCCACGUUGACUUGGCGGUACUGGUAUCUUGGAAUCACCCGAGUAUCUCAAUACUAUUUUGAUACAGGAGAUCAAAAGAUGAAGACCACAAGGGAAUCCAAUGAGUCCUUGAGAUCACGGAUAAUAGUUGAAAUAGAGGGUCUAGAAGUGUUUUAUUAUAAUAGAGGAUUUGCUUAUGAUAAUAUUAUUAAAUCUUUGAGUUCAGAUAAGAAUCCCAAGUGUGGUGCAGGUGUUUCUUCAAAACUACCACUAAGUGAUGAUAAUCUGUCUGAUUCGGAAUCCACAAUGAGGUUUAGAAAGACUCCAUCGAGUUCUUUGACAUCGUUAAGAUCUUCCUCGUCAUCUCCGAAGGACCUUGAAAAGGGUAAUGUUGACCAGACUUCUUCCUCGAAGCCCAAACCGGAUUUAUCGUCCAUUCUUGUGUUUCUACCAGUGCAUGUUAGAAUCAAGAAAGGGUCUUUAGUCAUGGGGAAUGUCACUACACCUUCCAUAUUGGUGAUAUCGUAUACUGCUGGUUCAGGAAUUAUGGAUAUCACCGAACCUCCUUCUUCACAAGACAUUUCUCGGUAUUUAAACUCCUUCACAUUCAAGAACUUCCAGGUUUGGUUAAAGCCUAAUAUUAACUAUGAAAGACAUCGUUAUUUGAAUACCAAUACCGAAUUCUGGAACAAUAAUGAUCUUAAUACGUCUAAAGCUAAGGAUCACGAACAAGGGAGGACCCGUACGAAAUCUAACUUCACCGGAUUAAUUAAUCUCCACGUACCCAUUGAAAGAAUACGACGAGCUCUACCUCGAUUCCCCUUCCAUCGUCAUCAUAAGCAGCCAAAGGGCGAUGAACAAGAUGAACAUAUGUUUGAACAAUGGAAGGGGUUAAGACGGUACAUUGAUAAUGAUGUGCCUAAUGCUGUGUUGGACGUGGCAGGAAGAGAUGAAGAAUAUGCAAAGUAUAGUUUAAUUUUGGAUUCUGAAAUCACCAGUUUCAAUUAUUAUUGGGAUACUUGUGGUACCGUCGAAGAUACAGCUACAGCUGCUACAAAUGCUCCGGAACAUGGAGUAGAUAUUGAAAUUGAUAAAGGUACAAUUUAUUAUGGACCAUGGGCUGAAAAGCAGAGAGGUCCUAUUCAAGAGAUGUUCUUCCCUUCUUUAUCCCGAGAUGCUGAGCCCACUCCAUUACCUAAAGUCGGAGAACUUCGACAAAUUGCUGGUUUCAAGAUUUUAAUUCGAGUUAAAGAAGAAGUCAUCUUCAGAGUCCCCAUUAGAGAACUCAGUAAAGACAAGGAAGUUUAUAAGCAACAUAAGGUGUCUUCCGGGAAAAUAGCCAGACCAUUUGGAUGGUUAGAACUCAAAUUAGAUGACGGCUCGGAAAUCAAUUGUUUCACUUCAUUUGUGGGUACAGAAGCAGAUGGUUGGCCUCAUAGUGUGUAUUGUUAUUUUGCCAAUCCAGAACUUAGUACUUCUGUCAAUCAUAAUGUAUUAUUUUUGGCAGAUAGUCAUACUAUUGAAUGCAAAGUCGGAUUCCCACUUAAAUGGAAUGCUCCAUGUUCAUGGUCAUUCUGCAACGUCAGUGAAAAUGCCAAACUCUUCUUUUUAAGGGAACAUACUUUCCUUUUCACUGAUUUAUUUUCUGAUUUUGUUAGUGGAGAUCCAACCUUAUAUGAGAACUUUCGUCCCUUUGAGUACAUUUUCAAUUGGGAAAUGAACAAUUAUAAGCUCUACUUCAAUGUGAACGAAUCCAACGUUAUUGAUAACCCUUUGGAUUUCUCAAACAACAAGUACUUAUCGUUUCAAGGUGAUGAUUUGCAUAUUGAGGUCCAGACAACAGCAUUGGGUAAAUUGACAGCUUCUGGAGUUCAAAACUUCAAGAUUAGAACUUCAAGAUUUGAUUUGGUCCUUGAAACUCCUCCAUGGCACACAUUCCACGGGUUCUUGGAGGAAGGUAACGUUGUGGGGAGAAGUAAAGAGUUUGAAGUUGUGGGUUCUUAUGUUCGAAGGUUUAACGUUGAUGUGAACACUGCUGAUCACAUAGUCAUCAAAUGUAUUGGAGAUUAUGUUUCAUUAAAGUUUUAUGGGAUAGUGAUAUGCUAUCUUUUUGUGUUGAAGAGUAACUACUUUGGAGACCAUAUCAAGUUUCAAACUUUUGAGGAAUUUGCUAACAAAGUUAAUGAGGAAAGUUAUGAAAACGUAGUGGAACAACAUGAAGAAGAAGAAGCGGAAGAAGAAGAGGCAGACGAAGACAAUGACGAUAAGAUCGAUGCAUGGAAGAUUAUCAAGACUGAUAAUGAUGUUGAUGUAUUCUUUGAAUUCCAAGUUAAAAAGGGUUUAAUUGUGCUUCCAUUCCAUAUGUACAGUUGUAAGUCCCAUAUAGGACUAGCGUUUGACUCAUUGGACUUGGAUAUAAGAUUUACAGACUAUUAUAUGGACAUGCAGGUUGACUUCAGUCCUAUUCACGGUGUUUUAGUCAAUAAUCCCAAUUGUGGAAUGAACGAUGGUGGAGAAGUUAUAUUUAAUGUUCCAGAUUAUGAGAGACGAUAUCUUGUGGGGGUGAAUCCAGACAUCACCAUUGACGGGUUAACUAUUCAUACCCAUAGAAUGUUUGGUUUACCUCCAGAUAACACUACUUUCUAUUGUAAUUGGGAGUUUGAGGCCGGAAAUAUCUCCAUAGAUAGUAAUGCUUUAUUCAUUACUGUUCUUGUUUCAUCCAUAAAACAUUUUGCACUAGGUUAUACCAAUGUUGAAAGUGGAUUGAAUGCUCCAGAACCAAUUAUAUGGGAUGCAGCCAAUUUCAGCUUCAGAUGUGAACAAAUUUUCAUUAAGUUACAUCCUGAAGAUGCUAAGAAUGAUGAUACCAACUGUAUUAGUGUGACCUUGAACUCGUUCCUUCUUAACUUGAAUGACUUGCCUCAGAAACGGUACACUAACAAGUUGACCGUGUUGAUACCUGAGAUUAUUGUUAAGGUUAUCAAUAACAAAAAGAUGGUGGCUUACUUGGAGACUUCGCUUCAUUUGGAUAGCAUAGCCCAAAAGGUGAAGAUGGUUGACCGUCGGAACCUUCAACAGAAUCAUAUUCGGAUCAGUGAUGGACCGUUCCACAGAGCUCCGUUUCUUUUAUUUAUGGAGAACAGAGAUGUUGAUUAUUUGAAAGCAAAGGGAAGCUUUAUUACUCCACUUUCAUUACCUCGGGUUCAAGUGCCUUUGAACAGUGACUAUGCUGAAGAGUACUUUUGUGUCUAUGGGACACCCAACCGGUAUUUUGCUGACAUUCCCGACGAUGACGACGACGAAGAAGAAGAAGUAGAAUACGAUUAUGACAAACAGUAUGAAGACUACGAAGACCAAUGGAGUGGCUUCAGAAUUGAUGAUCUGGAAGGGAAGUUUGAUCCUUUGACUCAAUACCAUGAAGAAGAAUUUACACCUUCCUAUAAAGUGGACCCGAACACCAAAUAUGAUAGUCUUGUGUUUGACUUGGGGGAUGUGAAAUCAUUUAUAAACCCCAAGAGUUUGGUUGUCAUAGCCAAAAUUAUCAAGUCACUAGACGAAUUCGAAUUGGAAACAGUUAUGGACGGGCUACAAAGUAAGGUUGUGUCCAAACUUGAAUCAAUAAUGAAUAAGAGAAACAUGGUGGAUAAUGUUCGGUUUGUGACCCAAGAAGUUGACAUUAAAGUGGGCGAAUUUGAGGUUUCUAAUGACCAAGAUGCUGUCAAUGACAUUUUCAACCAUGCACUCAAGAUACCUUACCUAAAGAUCAAUGUUUUUGAACCUUCGCUUGCCCUUUCCAAAUUACUGAAGAUGAAAGAUGAACCCAUUGAACAACGAACUUCAAUGGCAUUCCAUUGUAAGGAAGUUCUUUGCGCCAUAAGCAACCCCUUAAGGUUCACCAUGCCUUUGAAAUUGAGUUUUAGAGAUAUCGAGCUUUGGAUGAUGGAAGAAGCCCAUAGGAUCACCAACUCUGUCCAUUUGCUUGAUUUUGAUUUGGAAGUUGAUCUGGCCAACAUUGGGUUAAUUAUUGAUUUAUUUGUAAGAUACUACGAACUAUUAGAGCCAGCUAUUGAAGAGUUGAAGUUCAAUGGCAAGGCAAAGGAAAAGGCAGAGAGAGAACUUGUUUAUCGUUUGACCAAGUUUGCGUUUGAACAAGAAAGAAAUCAAGAUCCAGAUAUAUUGACCAAACCUCCAUAUAUCUUGCGGUUCAAUAAAGAUCAUAUACGGUUUUAUGAUUGCUGGAAAAUGGUUAUGAAGCUUAGAGAUCUGUUGAUGCGUGCAGAUGCCACCUGGCUUGAAGAAAACAAAUGUCGUUUCAGAAAUAAGCAAUGGCUUUGUCCACCAGACGCUCGAGCUUAUGUUGCCAAUAAGUUUCUUAAUUGGAGAAGCUGGGAGACGAAGAACCACUUGAGAAACUUCUUUCUUGAUGCCGUGUUUGGAGAACAAGAGAAGAAACCAGAUUCCAAUCAAGCAGACGUUCAAAUCCAACUUUCAAAGGGUUCUAUACGGAUUUUAGGUCCUCAUCAAGCAGAUUUCAUCAAUUUGUCUGGGUUUACCACAACUAUUUCAUUGUUAGAAGAGUUUCAAACGGUUCUGAUAUUUUCAAAGAUGGAGAAUGUUGUCCAUUUGAUGAAAUAUGAUAGUAAGAUCACCGAUUUAACCAUUGGAGUGAUUAUCACCAGUUUAAAAAAGUUAAAGGAUUUAAAAGUCAGUCCGUGGUCAAACGACGUUGAUGACAAAGAGGAUGACUCCCUGGCACCAGCCUCUGACAUCAAACAUCAACGCAAUAUUUCUGUUCUUAUUAAUAUUGGUCGAUAUAACCAAGUACUUCAAGCAGUCACUGCUGGAGUUCAUUUCCAUGGAGAAAACUUUAUUACUAAUUUUGAUACCAUUGGUACUGAAGAGAACUCGGCCACAUCAUUUGGGUUGAACUUUGAUAAGGUUAGCACUGGGAUUUUUGGCGGUGAUUCAAGUAGUCAAAUCUUGAGUAUGGAAUUCACAGAUAUGAAGAGUCUUUUGGCAUUGACGGGGAACAUAAAAGAUGGUUGUAAGGUGGUUGAUUUGAAGACAGGCAAGUUUAAUCUAUCCAUGAGAGAGAAGCCAUUACUCAAGUCGUUGAUCAGCUUUAGAAAGAAGGAUUUACCUUUUAUCAAGGAUCUUAUGGAGUUCUUUGGAGAUUUUAGUACUGCCACUAACACCAAAAAACCACUGUCCGAUUUGGCUUUAACAAAUCCAUUGGCUUUUGGAUUAAAGCAGUUUGGUUUAGUCACGUUGAGCUUUAGAACCCAAGAAGGUAGUUGGGACUUGGAUUUGGCGCCCAUCAAGGCCUCAGGCUUAUUCUACGAUACUAGAUUGUCGUUUGACUUGGCCUCGGGCAUUGGGAUAUGUCUGGUGUACAUUCAAAAGUUUCAUGUGAACGUGAGAGUUGAAAGUGCCAGUGUUCUUGAGUUUGAAAACUCAUACAUCGUAACUUCCAUGAAGUUGGCGGAGUUACAAGGGAUGUUGAUGCUUGUGACUAAUAUUCGGGUGAACUAUACAAAAUUACACUCUCCACGGAUCGUUACUGCCUUGAAUCUAGGGUUACCUGCAUUAGAAGCGUUGAUAGCGAGGGCUAAAGAGUUGGACAAUCUUGUACAAACUAUCAAGGCUGGCUUUGAGUCUUCCGAGAAGGAGACGCAGCUACCAAAGACGAUCAAGGCACCGUUAUCACAUUCAGAUCCUCCUUGUCCUUUUGACAAACUUGGAAUUAAAAUUUCCUUUAACAAUAAUUACUUUGGGAUCUCCACUUUACUUGAUAGAACCAGGUACGCCUUUGAAGUUGAUAAUGCUUAUUUGAACGUGACAAACGUUGAUAUUGGUGGUACUGGAUCUGAAAGCGAUGUUCCAAAGUCGAUUUUAAUGCCCUUUGUUGGGGAAAUAGACAUUGGAGGGGCACGGCUUUCGGUAAUUGAUCGGUUAGUUUCGGUGUACCUUACUACAGUAGUUGAUUUUGCUAUUGAAGCCAAGAUAUACAACGAAGCGGACAAUUCUAAUCACCGGAGCUUACUAUUCAAAUCAUCUCAUUCCAGAGUCUGUAUUAGUUAUGCUCCAAUCAUCAAGAUGGUUCAUUUGGUUGACUCCGUGUCCAAAGUGUUUUCGGACUAUAAGAAGCCUGAACAAAAGGUGACAAGAAAAACAGUUACAUCCACCACAGAGAGGGACGCUGGUAACCACAGCAUAUUCUCCAAGUUCUCGUCCAUUAACAUCCUCUGUUAUAACUUUUGCGUGGGUUGGAUCUUUGAUGGGAAUAACAGAAGUUGUCCUGGAGUGAUGCUUGGUGCCGAGAGGUUUUUUGCUACUAUGGAUAGUGGAUUGGGGAAAUAUACUGUUGUUGAUGGAUACUUAUCUGUUGCCAAUGGUUCACGUUCUUCUGACUUUUAUAGCACACUGUCACAAUUUGACAGUGCCAACAGAGCCUUUUUAGCCAGAACCCAAGUCACUUAUACGACCAGACAAGAAGACACUGGAUUAAGGAAGUUAAGGCUAUACGUUUCAGGUGAUGGACUUGAUAUCAAGUUCCUUUCCGAUUCUUCAAUUAUACUUGAGAUUGCAGCCAACUCUAUAUCCAAUUUAAAGGACUUUUUUGACAAGAGAGACUCUUAUAAGCUGAAACCGAUUAUUCAUAGUGAAGGUGGAGAGAAGGACGGCGGAGAUAAAGAAGAAGACCCUUUGGCUGCAUUGGGUACGAAUUUCCAUUCUAUAGAUGUUCUGGCAUCAUUGGGAUCAUCCAAGGUCUUGUUCUACCGGUUGAAUGAAAGCACCUCUAAGGAAUCAGCUCCGGAGUUGUCUCUCAUGUUCCCAGCGGUCAAGGUAACAGCCAACUACGUUCAUAUGAAGGAUCUCCGGAGGAAACACAGUAUUAAAGUGGAUGUCUUCACUGCUUCUUCGGAUAAUACUUUGUAUGCUGCGUGUGUUCCUGUGCUAGGAGACAUGGCCUCGGGUAUAAAGAGGGCGAUGAAAGGGUCUGAAGAUAGACAUAAGAAGGCUGUAGAGGCUCAGAGUCAGCGCCAGAGUCAGAGCCAGAGUCAGAGUCAGAGCCAGAGCCAGAGUCAGAGCCAGAGCCAGAGCCAGAGCCAGAGCCAGAGCCAGAGUCAGAGCCAGAGUCAAGGACUUGCUGCUAUGUUAAAGAAUAUCGAUAUACAUGUGGGAUGGAAGGUGGAAGGCCAGAAGUUGUCUUUAAGUUGUGAGCCAACAGCAAGAGUAGAGACUGUGGUUGGUAUAGACGGGAUCCUAUUCCAAGCCAACACAACUGAAGAUUUGGAUUACAAAAUUGCAACAGCACUUCAAAUUGGUGAUAUCUAUGCAACAUUACAACAUGUGUAUUCUCGUGAAGUUAGUGGGACCAUUUCCAUUAACAAUAUAGUGUCGUUGACCACAAUCCAUUUGAAGAACAUCUCUGAUAUCAUGUCUGCCACUUCAUUCUCCAAGGUUAAUGGAUAUGUGAAUGUUAAGCAACUCCAAGACUUGAAUCUCUUUAAAGAUGUUUGGAUACGAUCCAAUGGCAAGCAGCAAUCGUUACAGCAUAGUGUUAUUAGCGCAGAUUCUGGUGCUGGUGCUGGUGCUGGUACUACUGGUACCCCUGGUACCGCUACUGCCGGAACCGCUACCUCUGGAACCACUACAGGUUCCACUAAAUCAGAAUUGGCCUCUAACAAAAACAUUGCUUCACGAUUCAAAGAAGUCUCGGAGACUUAUGCUGUGCCAUGGAUGGUCACAUUACUCUUCAAAGAGAUUUCCAUACGGGUGAACUUUGGAACAUCGCUAGGGGUGUUUGUACUUUCCAUGGACCAUCUAUGGGGAGUGUCUCGGAAAACCACGGAUUGGGCCCAAGACUUGAAAGUGGGUUUAAGAUCUUCAAUGCUACACGGAGAAGGAAGGUUGAGUGGUGAUAUUGCUGUGAAUGAGAUCCAAUUACAUACAGCUAUCAGUUGGAGAUUGAAGGGGAAGACUCUUGAUGUUCCUUUGAUUUUAAUCUCUGGAGCCGUUGACUCUUUAACCUUGAAGACACUUUUCGACUACAAUACUUUUGCUAUUGCCAACAUACAAAGGCUCUCUAUUGAUUUGUUCAAUAGUAAAGGUGAGAUCACCAGCAAGGACCUUUUGUCUGCCAUAAGUAAGUGUGAGAAUGCCCAAGUGUACAUCACGUCUUUAAUGCCUGCUACAGUGGUUGACAUCACCAACGCCGUUACGCGGAUGGCCCAAGAGAACCGGAGUUCAUAUCGAGAGAUCUUACGAGACUCGUCAAAGGAUAGAGGAGCAGUUAAGACAACAGACAAUUUUCUUAAGGCUUCUCUUGAUAUUUUACAGACUGUCAAGAAACUUGAAGCCAGGUUCGAAUGUGUGAUUGGUCGGUUAUAUUUACAAGUAUAUCCUUCAUCGUUUGAAGACUCCAAAGUUCUUGUGAUCAAGCUGGACCAACUGCAUGCUACGUUCAAGCAAAAUGAAUAUGCCAAGGGGGUUUCGAACGACUUGGAAUUGAUGCUUAAUGAUUGGACCAUCUCCUUAUCGAGUAUCAAGCAACAAGCUCUGGCUGAUUUCAUUAACCAAUGUAACGUUGAACAGUUCACAGUUCAUGCCACCAAGGCCAAAGGUGGAGUCAUAGUGAUUUUCCCGUCGCUCAAGAUCUCCAUGAGAACGUUCCAGAAAUACAACACCAAGUUGAUUGAGUUUCUUUACCUGUCGUCGUUUGGAGGCACCGUCAACAUCAGAUGGAACUUGGGCCUGAUCAAUUUCAUCAGAGAAAUGAUCAGCAUCUGCACCCGAGCACUUGCUGCGCGUAAGGACUUUCAGAACAAGAAUGCCAUAGCAUUUUCCAUAGACAUGUUGGAGAAUCAGAACACGAACAACCAAAGAACAGACGGAGACUUCAAAGAGUAUACCAAUGAAGAAAUUGAUCAAGCUAUUGAAGAAACCAUCGAUAAGGUCACAGAGCAUUUGGAGUACACUUACGAACCACUUGUACCUCCUAUAAUCGAGACUCCACAAAUCAAAGAACUAGGAAACGCCACUCCUCCAAUGGAAUGGUUUGGUGUUCACAGAAACAAGUUCCCCAUUGCUACUCACCAAAUAGCCAUAGUGGGUCUUCAAAAACUACUUCAUGAAGUCGAAGUACAAUAUUCUAAAGUAUUAGGGAAAGCAUAA